AUGAAGCCUUCCGGAGUUGUUGCGCUCGCUGCCGUGCUUCCCUUCGUGCUUGCUAAGCCUACCACGCCUCCUGGCAUGGAAGAGUGGUGUAAGCAGCAGGGCGACGAUAAGGAGCUCCAGUACAGCGAGAAACAGCAAAAAUGGGUCUGCGUGACAUCGAAUCAGUCGGACAUCUGCGGUGCUGGCCAGGACCAGUCGACGUGGCAUAAAGAUCCCAUAACAGGCGACUAUGGGUGCUGCGAUACCGGCGAGGAGUGGGUUGUGGAUGAGAAGAACAAGAAGCAGGGCUCUUGCUGCGCGAAGGGCUCGAUUUACAGCUUUGAUGCUGCCGCUGGUGAAGGCGCCUGCUGCCCCGAUGGACAGGUCUUCAAGAGUGGCUCUUGUACUCGCCCUGGAGGGAAUGAUAAUCUUGACGUCUCCCCCGGAACCUGCGGAGCCUACCUCAAGGAUGCCAGGCUGGAGAGCCUGCUUCGCACUUUGCUGGCACCGUGCUUCCCCUACGGCCAACAGACCUUGAACGUGUUCAUUGAAUACUAUAUCACGAUUCUCCAUGGCGGCCUCGAUCUCAUCGAGAUCAUCUACAAGAACGGCUGCGAUGAUCCGCAGCCUUCUCCUUCACCCGGACCCAAGCCGAAGCCUCACCCGUGGUGGAACUGCGGCGACAAGGAGCCCUGCAGAUGGAUCUCCCUGGAAAACUACGACGCGAAGAAGACCCUUCCGGCGACUGGCGCCACUACGAAAGCCCCAUUACCUAACCCAAACGUGCCCAAGGCGGAUUAUGAGUACCCCUUUGAUGUGUGGCUGACCAAGUCCCCUGACGAUGACCUGGAUGUUUACAUCAAGGGCAAAAAGAUCCAGCCUCAAGCGUCGGGGACGAGCUACUUGAUCCCCGGUGGUACCAAGGCUACAGACGUCAAGUAUUCCUCCCCCAACACAUUACAGGUCAACUUCUACGGCAAAUGCACUCAAGACACCCCGUGCAUCGGCAAGAAUGUGGAACCGUGGACCCCCAAAUCCGUGGUGGCGCCGCCCGGAAAGGAUGAGCUCGAGAUCGAUGUCAGCAAGUACGACUUCGACUUCAUCUUUACCAUGUCGGACACCUCUAUCACCACCGAGCAGUACACUGUGUACGCCGACGGCAAGAAGGUCGGCAUGACCCAUGGCCGGCUGACGUUGGAUGACAAGUACAACACCGACCACAUCAACGUCCAGCAGAGUGGAAACGCUCCAUAUGUCAUUGCCAAUGACGGCUUCUGGGGAUCAUACCGGAUCCCAAAGGACACCGAGAAGAUCACGGUGAAGAUGAAUCAUGAGCAGGCCGGGUAUCCCUGGUAUGAAUGGACAUACCGCAUUGACAGGCUCUGUGAUUGCUAG